AUGUCUCAACUCCAGCCUCGGGGCGUAGCUCCUCGCUCGAUGGACAGCGGCCCUUCGCCUCCAUCCCGACGUCGACGUGACCGUGGCAGUCUCAUGAAGCUCAAGAAAGGUGGCGAUGAUGGCAAGAAGAGUCUUCUAGAGGCUAUUUUUUUCAAGAAAAAGAGUGUGAACGGGCCGCCGUCCUCCACUACGCCAAUCAGACCCAUACCCACGCCGAGUCCGGCAGCAGUAGCACGUGGUGUAGAGAUCUUGCACUCUAUUUUUCCCAAGUGGGAGUCCGAGACAUUGCAGGUUGUACUGGAAGCCAAUGGAUUUAUUAUGGAGGACACAAUUGCAGUGGUUUUGAACAUGGAGCAAACGGAACAUGCGACGACAAGAGCAGAGAAACUAAGAGGCAAGUGCAGUAAUUGGCCCGUGAAAAAUCCAUUGCCAGACGACUUUUUAAGGUUGCCAGAUGAUGAUGAAACCAAGGAUACGCCUUCUGAAGAAGGAAAUGCUGAAGAGGAAGAUGAAGAGUGUGAAGAAGAGGAAGGAGAGGAAGAAGAGGAAAAGAGGGAAGCGGUCGAAACGUCGGAUGCUAUGGUGGAGAAUCGGUCGGACAGGUCGAACAGCACGUUGGCAGAGGAUGAUGGCACGCUCUAUGGAAAGGAGUUCAAUGAUGACAGCACAUCGACAGACGAGGUUGUCACCCCUGUGCUUGAUGAUGCAGCUAUGCGUGCUAACCAAAAGAUCGUCGCGGACUCGAUGAACCAAAAAUUUCUCCCGAUGGAGCUGCGCAAAGAACGGUCUAGUAUCUUUGCCAUUGCGCACAUUGACGUUAUUAAGAAGAGCAAACUUAAUUUGUCAGAGGCGGAAGAGCGCAUUCGCCAUCGCGAACCGCAUCUUGUGUUUGAGCUUCUGUCGAAGGCGAGCGAGAUUUAUCGCAGCGGUGUCAUAUCGAGUCAGGAACUUGACUUCCUGCGCUCUAUGAUUUUGUCCAGGAUUCAGCCCACCAAGAUGUUGAUGGACAUGACAAUGAAUAUGAAUGGCAAGAUCUCAGACCACGAGUGGCACUUGCUCAUCCUCAAAGCGAAAGGAAUUCGUCAGGCACUGUGCAUUCGAAUCUUCCGCGAAGAAAGCAAGCCUGCCCGAAACAGUGGUCACAUGGAGUAUAUUGUUCGUGUUGUAGAUGUGGAAAGUGGUGUAGUCUGGUUUACGCGGAAGCGUUUCCGCGAACUCCAUAAACUUCACCGCAAAUUGAGCCGUUUAUCUCGGCAGGUAGAUGAAUGUGUAUUCCCAACACGUCGUGGCUAUGGCCGCAACUCGCAAAAUCAGCUUGCAUAUGAUCGUGCACCUGUACUGGAGAGUUUUUUGCGUAUUACAGCAGCACUUGUGGCUCCAUCGCCUCUCACCUUUUUGCAUGGUGUAGCUCUCAAGCAAUUGCAACAGUUUUUGGAAGUACCGCACGUGGGUAUCCUUGAGCGCAAUCAGACCCAGCCUAUCUCUCGCGAGCUUCGCGUGUUUGUAUACCACACCGUGAACGAUCUGACGUCUCCUGAAGGAAAGGCUUGCCAAAAGUUUCUCACAAAAAUGAAGCAGAAUGUAAUUAGCUCUGGGAAGAGUCUUCUGGACGAAAUUGGCGACAUCUUGGACGGUGUACAGGAGUACAUGCUUGAGCAUCGGUUUGAGGAGAUGGAACUUAUUGUUCAGCGUUUGAUGAAACAAAUUCUUGCGAGUAGCACCAGCAAUCCAGCGCAUCGGCGACCCAGGUCUUUAAUGAAUUUAAUGACAACGGAUGCUGUAAGUAGACAGGACCAAAUGCAGCAACUUCUGUCGGAUGCUAUCCGGCAUGAGCUGGAAGAUCGCAUAUGCGUGCCAUUAAUGUAUGACUUGACACAGUACCUGCGCGGGCAUGUGCAGCAUGAAGAGCAACAAUUUCGCCAGCGCGUAUACCAGCUAAAAGGCAAACCGCAGAGCUACUUCGGUAUCCCGGUGGAUAAAAUUUCGUUGAGCAGUUGGCGGUCAGUGGUGGAUGUCAUUAAGGAGGUAGACAGAGCUUUUCUGCCGCAGGAUAAGAUGCGUAAAUUGGUCGCCACAGCACACCAGAUCCACUUGCUUUACAAAGCUGAACACACAAUGCACCUGAGCGAGACUCCGCAUCAUGGACGUCGAAAAUCGACACCAAUAGCUGGCGUACUCUCGCAGCCUCAGUCGAUCCCCUCGCCGGUGAUCCGGAUGCUGUCGCCCACAAACAGCAGUUCCAACAGAUUUUCCCGGGGCUUGACCGUUGGGGAUGAAGCCAAUGCUCUCCCCGAUACAUGCAAAGAAGAUCAGAAGGUCGUAACGGAAGCUAAGGAAAGUGAAGCGUCUACCAAGAUGCAAGAGGAAGACGUGCUGAGUGGAGACGACUUUUUGCCCAUUUUUAUAUAUGUGAUCGUCCACAGUGAGCUGAAAGCCCCGAUCCUGACCCAAGUGCUAUUAAACCGUCUGUGCGAUCCCGAAAAGCGACGUAAUGAAUCUGGCUAUUACCUCGCAACGUUUGAGGCUGCACUACACCACAUUCUAUCGCUUGAGUUGCCUGGUGCCAAGACUGAUGACGGCUUGUAG